AUGGUGGUUCUUCGGGUCAAGAAAGAUGUGUUGACUCCUCUGGUUAUCCUCUGUGAUGUUCAAGUCCUCGAGAUUGUUUUAUUUGUGAUGAGUUUGGACAUAAUCCCUAGACGUGCUGCUUCUAUUAUUCAGCCAGGGUCACAAGUUGUUCGUGCUACUUCAGUUUCAGUUGUUAGAGAUUGUGGUGAUUUGGCUUCUAUUCGGAAGGGGAAUGCUCAAGUGUUGGAUUCAUUGUAUUUGAAUAAGGUUGUAGCUGAGGAGGUUCUUAGCUUGUACCUUGAGUUUGAGUUCUUUUUUGUUCAUUCGAAGCUUCGAGGAGAUUUUGAGAGAGGUUUCUUUUUCCUUUCUAAUUUAUUUCCCCAAAGGUUGAUUCGUGUUGACUGCGAACUGGCGGAUCAUCCAUACUUCACUAGAUCAAAAGGCCGAUCACCCGCCGAUAUGACUGGUUCAAGUUCAUCCGAUCAAGAUGGUUUAGGACUUGUCACUAUCCCAAGAGAUGAACCUGAGGCUUCAGAAGGAAGGGAUCCUAUUCCUUAUAAUGAACAUAUUGCUAACCUGAUGCAACAAAUGGCCAAUAUGCAAAGAGAGAUCGAUCGACUUCGAAACCUUACCAAUUUGUCCAUUAGCCUAAAUACACCACUUCCCAAACAUGGGGCAGAUGCAACUAUUCCACCUGUUGACUCUCCCUCGCCUCAAGACUUCCUUUCAAAUCCUUCCCCUUUCAAAACCAAUAUGACUGCUCCUAAACAACCCGUCAACCAACCACAAGUCAAUUUCGCAAACAUCAACUCACAACAAACCAAUCCACUACCUUUCACUACCCCUUAUGUUUCCCAAACUCCAGUCCUCCAAACUACACUUACCCAAGCUCCACUCACUGAAACUAACCCACUUACCCAAAAAGCCCCACUCACCCAAAACAACCCGCUCAUCCAAAAAUACCAAACGAUCCAACAUAUACCUGUGACACAUACUACAACUCCUAACAUACAAUAUGUGCCACAAGUAUACGUAACAGAAGCUCAACCUUUCGUUACUCCAAUACCAACCAUGCCAGAAGUCGAUCCAUAUGAGGAGAUGGAGAGAAAGGCCAGAUCAAAAACAGAUGAAAGUGUAGCUAGGGAGAUUCGUAAUUUGAAAGAAGCAUUCAAAAGUAUCCAACUUCACAAGGAAUGUGAAGGGUUAGAGUAUGAGGAUUUAUGUGUUCAUUCUGAUGUCGAGUUGCCUGCAGGAUAUAAAGUACCAAAAUUUGAUGUGUUUGAUAGGAAGGGAAAUCCACGAGCUCAUUUAAGAUCGUAUUGUGACAAGCUAUUUGGAGUGGGGAAAGAUGAGGCUAUUAGAAUGAAAUUAUUCAUAAGGAGUUUGACAGGAAAAGCACUGGAUUGGUAUACAAGUCAAGAUCCGAAGAAAUGGCAUAGUUGGAGUAUCAUGGCACAGGAUUUCAUGGAUAGGUUCAAGUUCAACACUGAGGCCAUACCAGAUAGAUUCUAUUUGAUGAAAUUAGAAAAAAAGUCGACGGAGUCUUUUAGAGAAUAUGCCAUGAGAUGGAGAGCAGAUGCUGCAAAAGUUCAACCUCCGAUGACAGAAAGUGAGAUGACCUCCCUUUUUAUACAAUCUCAAAAAGAUGCAACAUAUUAUGAAAAUAUGAUAAGCGUUGUAGGACAAAAGUUCUUUGAAGUUGUAAGGAUGGCAGAAUUCAUUGAAGAAGGUAUUAAAACUGGGAGAAUCACUAAUUUGGCAGCCUUGCAAGCAACAAGUAAAGCAAUUCAGUCAGAUUCAAUUGGAGGAGCCUUUAAGAAGAAGAAGGACGGAGUGUCCGCUGUCAUGACCAUCCAGGAACACACCGAAAACUGUCUUACUCUCAAGGACAAGAUUGAGGCAUUAAUCAAAGAAGGAGUUAUUCAACUUAGAGGUGCUGCCCCCAAUGUAAAUAACAAUCCUCUUCCAAAUCAUGAGAAUGUGAACAUGAUCACCAUUGAUGAAGAAUGCAAUUUGGAAGGGACUAUUUUGCCAAUCAAAGAAGAGAAGAAUGUCAUGGCAUCAGCCUUUAUUGCUCCCAUUAUCACAAUCCAGGCGCGAGCGCCAUUUGAAGUGGAAGUUUUGGACAAAGGGAAAGGAAAGGUAGUUGUAGAAGCUGCUGCUGCCGGAAUGACAAGAUCGGGGCGAUGUUAUGCCCCUGAAGGUGUUGCACGAGUCGGACCGAAUAAGGAAGUUAACCCAAAUAGGGUUGUGACAGAAGCUGAAAUAGAGGAUUUCUGGAGGAAAAUGACAACAAAAGAAUAUUCUGUUGUUGAACAUUUGAGGAAGACUCCCGCCCAAAUUUCCUUGAUGUCAUUAUUGAUGAGUUUUGAAACUCACAGGAGCGCUUUGGUGAAAGUUCUAAAUGAAGCUUAUGUUCCAGCCGAGAUCACAAGUGAGAAUCUUUCAGCCAUGGUAGGACAGGUUUUGGAAGCAAACAAAGUCUGUUUUCACGAAGAGGAAUUACCAUCUGAAGUCAUUGGCGAAAUUGAUUUGCCACUGCAAAUUGGACCUGAGGAGUUCGUGGUAGAAUUCCAAGUAUUGGACAUACCUACUAGUUACAAUUUAUUGCUUGGGAGGCCUUGGAUCCAUAUGGCUGGUGCGGUCCCUUCUACCCUGCACCAAAAUUUGAAAUUUGUUUGGAACCACCACGAGAUUAUUGUUCAUGGAGAAGGUAGUAAUUCCAUGUAUCCUGGCAGUUCAAUCCCUGUUGUUGAAAUUAUGGAAGAACUGGAUGGGUUUGUGUUCCAUACUAAAGAGAUUAUGUGUGUCCAUCAAACCGAAAGGGUAAAGUUGCCACGUGUGCUUAUGAUGGUGGCUUGGGAAAUGUUGAAGAAUGGUUUCAUGCCUGGUCGAGGUCUUGGAGUGAACUUGGGUGGAAUAGUGGAACCAAUUCAAUUGUCGGGCCAGAAAUACACCUUUGGUUUAGGAUACAAGCCUACUCCUGAAGAAGUCUCAUUGGCCGAUCUCAAAAGGAAAAGUGACAUUUCAUUGCCCCAUCCCAUUCCGCACUUGAAUCAGUCAUUUUCCAAGGCAUAUAUUAUAAAGGAAUCAGAGGAAGACGCUGAAGACACCCUCGUGGAAGGACUCAAAAACUUAUUUAUGGAAGAAGUAGAAUGCAACAUGUCUUGGAGGAUUGUACCGAGAUUCCGACCAUACGGGAUCGAGCAAAUUAAUGAAUCUGCCAAUACCGAGAAUGUGACAUGUAAUGAAAUGAGCAAACAAAUCUCAAAUACCGAGCAAUCUUUUGCGGAAUAUGAAGAAGAGGUGCAACCUGAAGAGUUGACUGAAGAUUUUGAACAUUUUGAGAAUAAAAUAAAGCCAAAUUUGGAUGAAAUUGAGACGAUGGAUGUAUUUGCAUGGUCUUAUGAUGAUAUGCCGGGUCUAAGCACAAACAUUGUUUCACAUAAGUUGCCGACUGAUCCAUCUUGUCCCCCAGUCAAGCAAAAGCCAAGGAAGAUCAAGCCUGAUCUGAGUUUAAAAGUUAAGAAAGAGGUUUCUAAGCAAAUCGAUGCCAACGUCAUCCGAGUCAUAAAGUAUCCUACAUGGUUAGCUAAUAUAGUGCCAGUGCUAAAGAAAGAUGGAAAAAUCAGAGUAUGUGUAGACUAUCGAGACCUCAACAAGGCCAGUCCGAAAGAUGAUUUUCCACUUCCAAACAUUCACAUACUUAUUGAUAAUUGUGCAAAGCAUGAGUUACAAUCAUUUGUUGAUUGCUUUGCAGGCUACCAUCAGAUUCUAAUGGAUGAAGAAGACGCUGAUAAAACGACAUUCAUCACACCUUGGGGAGUGUAUUGUUAUCGAGUAAUGCCUUUCGGACUCAAGAAUGCAGGAGCAACAUACAUGAGAGCUAUGACUACUAUUUUUCAUGACAUGAUCCAUAAGGAGAUUGAAGUCUAUGUAGAUGAUGUCAUUAUCAAGUCACAAAAGAGCUCCAAUCACCUCACAGAUUUGAAGAAGUUCUUUGAUAGGUUGAGGCGGUAUAAUCUGAAAUUAAAUCCUGCAAAGUGUGCAUUUGGUGUCCCUGCUGGAAAGUUGUUGGGUUUCAUUGUGAGUAGGAAGGGCAUAGAAUUGGAUCCUUCAAAAAUAAAGGCUAUUCAAGACUUGCCCCCUCCAAAGAGUCGAAAGGAUGUAAUGAGUUUUCUUGGUCGACUAAAUUACAUUAGUCGAUUCAUUGCACAGUCGACUAUAAUUUGUGAACCAAUUUUCAAGUUGUUGAGGAAAGAUGCUGCCAUUAAACGGACUGAAGAUUGUCAACAAGCUUUUGACAGAAUCAAGGAGUACUUGUCUAGUCCGCCCGUCUUGGUGCCUCCAAAACCGGGGAGACCAUUGCUACUAUAUAUGUCAGUAUCGGACAAUGCAUUUGGAUGUGUGUUAGGACAACAUGAUGAAACUGGGAGGAAAGAACAGGCUAUAUACUACUUGAUCAAGAAAUUCACGCCUUAUGAAGCCCGAUAUACUUUAUUGGAAUGCACUUGUUGUGCCUUGACUUGGGUUGCACAAAAGUUAAGACAUUACUUAUGCGCGUAUACCACUUUUCUCAUCUCAAGGAUGGAUCCACUCAAAUACAUAUUUCAGAAGCCCAUGCCAAUGGGGAAACUGGCAAAAUGGCAAAUUUUACUAAGUGAAUUCGAUAUUAUUUAUGUCACUCAGAAGGCCAUCAAAGGACAAGCGCUUGCUGAUCAUCUUGCUGAAAACCCUGUGGAUGAAGAGUACGAACCUCUUAAAACUUAUUUCCCUGAUGAAGAGGUGUUAUUUAUUGGAGAGGAUAUUUUAGAAGAAUAUCAUGGGUGGAGGAUGUUCUUUGAUGUGAAAUUCAAGUUUCUAUGCACUAACAAUAUGGCAGAGUAUGAAGCUUGUAUUCUUGGACUCAGAAUGGCUGUUGAUAUGAAUAUACAAGAAUUGUUGGUUAUAGGUGACUCAGACUUAUUGAUUCACCAGGUACAAGGCGAAUGGAGCACCAAGAAUGUGAAGAUACUCCCCUAUUUGCAAUGUGUGAAGGAAAUAUGCAAGAAAUUUAUCAAGAUAGAGUUCAGGCAUAUUCCUAGAGCUCAAAAUGAAUUCGCAGAUGCCUUGGCAACCAUGUCUUCUAUGAUUCAACAUCCAGAUAAGAAUUACAUAGAUCCAAUCAAAAUCAAUGUGCAGAAUCAACCGGCCUAUUGUUUCCAUGUGGAUGAAGAAAUGGAUGGAGAACCAUGGUACUAUGAUAUUGUGAGGUAUCUCAAAGAAGGAGAUUAUCCAGAAGGCAUAAGCAAUAUUCAAAAGAGAACACUGCGGAGGCUUGCAAAUCACUUUUUCUUAAGUGGAGAAAUCCUUUAUAGGAGGACUCCAGAUUUAGGUUUAUUAAGGUGUGUUGACUCCCAAGAGGCGAGCAAGUUGAUUGAAGAAAUACAUGGGGGUACUUGCGGGCCACACAUGAAUGGUUUUACUUUGGCAAAGAAGAUUGUGCGGGCCGGAUAUUUCUGGAUGACUAUGGAAAUAGACUGCAUUCGCUUUGUGAGGAAAUCCUGGGGCAUGGAUGUCAUCGGUCCUAUUGAGCUAGCCGCAUCAAAUGGACACAGGUUCAUUUUGGUAGCUAUCGAUUACUUCACAAAAUGGGUAGAAGCAUCCUCACAUAAGUCUGUGACAAAAAAGGUGGUGACAGAUUUCAUUCGCAAUAACAUAGUUUGUAGAUUUGGCAUCCCCCAUUCGAUUAUAACAGAUAAUGGAGCUAACCUCAAUAGCGGUUUGAUGCAUGAGAUAUGUGAUAAGUUCAAAAUCAUUUACCGCAAUUCUACUCCUUAUCGACCACAGAUGAAUGGAGCAGUUGAGGCUGCCAACAAGAAUUUCAAAAGGCUUUUGGUUUAUGGAACAGAAGCAGUAUUACCAAUGGAAGUUGAGAUACCAUCCCUGAGGAUAAUCCAAGAAGCUGAGUUGAGUGAUGCCAAAUGGAUACAAAGCCGAUAUGAACAAUUGAUGCUCAUUGAUGAAAAGAGAAUGAAUGCAGUUUGUCACGGACAACUUUAUCAACAUAGGAUGGCCAAAGCUUUCAAUAAAAAGGUAAGACUGAGAAAGUUCAGGCCUGGACAAUUGGUGUUAAAACGGAUAUUCCCGCACCAAGAAGAAGCUAAGGGGAAGUUUGUGCCUAAUUGGCAUGGGCCUCAUGUGGUUCACAGAGUGUUGACUGGAGGAGCGGUGAUUCUAGCAGAAAUGGACGGAAAGAUAUGGCCGAAAGCUAUCAAUUCAAAUGCGAUUAAAAAAUACUAUGUCUAG